AAGCGCCCGGGGCUCCGAACGGCCUCCCCUUCGCCGGCCUCGCCUUCGCCGUUCCCUGCCUGCUCCUUCUGCCUCCUCAACUGGCUCGCAGACCCGGAACGGGAGGCGCUGCCGUCGGCGAGAUGGCGUUGAGCUCGGCCUGGAAGCAGAUGUCGUGGCUUUAUUACCAGUACCUGCUCGUGACCGCGCUGUAUAUGCUGGAGCCCUGGGAGCGGACGGUCUUCAAUUCCAUGUUGGUGUCUAUUCUUGGAAUGGCACUUUACACUGGGUAUGUUUUCAUGCCUCAGCAUAUUAUGGCCAUAUUGCAUUAUUUUGAAAUUGUGCAGUGAUGAAAAUGUCACAAGCAGUGAUCUGUCAGAAGCUGAGGACCAGACUGCUAAGAAGUGGCCAUUUACAAUUAAGGAUUUCUUCAGAUGACAAAAGAAGACAUGAUGGUGAUGACUGCCAGUUGUCCAUACAGAGAUGCAACAUGCCCUGAGUUUUGGUGGAAUUUUCUUUCUUUGAUAUUCCCUUGAAUAGUAAUUUUUGUCUAUUAACAUUGUGAUUGUUUGUAGCUUUGAUAUCAGUAUUUUCUUAACUUUGUGACAGUCUCAGUAUUACACUGUGAAAGCUUUUCUUAAUGUAAAUGAAUAUAUUUUGCCUUCUAUUUUUAAUCAAAAAUCAUCUUAUUAAAUGAGGCUUAAAGCUUUUGCUAUUGUAUAGUUAUGUCCACCUGAGUGUAUUUGUAGUAACACAUUUUGUAAAAAAAAGUGUUUAGAUUCAUAUGGAGAUGUGGAUAUAUCCAUGGAAUCUUUCUUAAAAAACAUUAUUUGUAAGACCUAACUCAGGUGCUUCAAUUGCUUUCUGGACUGUUCAACAGAAUAUUUGGUAUAUCACUCUGGCUUCAGCAAUAAAAUGGAAUGUGUUUUCUGUUUCAUUUGAGGAAGAAUGUGACAACAGUACUGUAUGUCGGGAACAAUACUGUGUAAGGGAAAAGUAUUGCAUCAAACUUGUCUGUACAUAAAUAUUCUUUGAUUUAUGCAUGCCAUCUGGAAUUUUGUGAUAGCAUAUAAAUGCUGCUAUUAUAAUGUUUCUAAUUGAACUGUGCUUGUAUAUGUUUAUUUUGCCAAAAGCAUAUUUUAAUAUAGACUGAGUUGAAAGAUCCUGGCUAUGGCUGUUGUCUAUAGCGUAAUCAUGUCUGUAUUAUGAACCCAUGUUACAACUGUUGUUCAGAAUCCUUUUGCUACUUACACUAAAUGAUCAAAGGAUAAGGUUUGAAGUGGGCUAGAUUUAAAAAUUACAGCAAUAAGACAGUUUCUCCUAGGCUUGCUUUAGGGUUUUAUAGCAAAUUUUAGAUUUGUAUUGUGAAGUGUAAGAUGUCAUUUUUUUAGCUGAGGGUUUCUUUAAAAAAAAUAAAAGCUGAAAUUAGA